UGGCACUUAUCAAAACUCCCCUUGCCGCUUCCCUGUGUUCAGUGCCCGUAAUUGCAAGACAUAAUGUCAGACGCCAAUAGUAUAACCAAUGACGGAUGGUGCUACGGCCAGAUUCAGGCUAAUUCAGAUAUUGCAGGAUGGGGUACAAUUGCAACGUUUGCUGUGAACGCAUCUAUGGGUGUAUUCUUUUCAUCGAAAAUCUGGUUGGCGCAUGUAAAGAACAUAUACAGCCAUGCCAGAAGCGAACAACCUCUAACUACGGGUCUCUCGUCUUCUUCGCAAAGUCUUACACCUUGGGAUGAGCUCUUGCUUUCCAUUGCUGACACCAACCUCGUUUCUGCAUUGGGCGUUGUUGUCUCAUCAUUGGUUAACUUGCUUUCCGAUAUCGAUGCAUAUCCAAACUACCAUCUUUGGAUCGCCUGGAUCUUAGCUGAUCUCGCACUCAUGGGAUUUGGCGCGGCAUCCCAGAUCUAUCGCAAGGUCAGAGAUAACCAGGCGGAAAGAUAUAGAUUGAUCCCAAGAACUGUCCUCGCUUGUGUCACCUGGGCGUUAUGGAUUUACUGGACCUAUCUCAUCCUCACCCGCUUCCAGGCAUUUGAGGCGACGUGGAAUGCACGUAAGAGCCACACACCGCAAUGUUUCAGCACCCAUCUGGACAUAUCAGAUGAUCGGUUUACUUUUACUUUUUGGAUAUAUAUGAACUUCUUUUGGGUUUCUCAGUCUUUUAUCUGGAUUAUAUUAACCCCUUCGCCAGUACAUGUCUACUUUGAUCGAUGGCUCUUCACUUUCGACAUUUGGUUAGUGCGCCUUGCGACAUCAGUCCCAAGGGCAAUCUGGCAUCUGAUACGACGCCGGGGACCAAGAACUGCAUCCAUUAUCAUCGGGAGCGCCUGGCUAUUUCAUGUACUGCCAACCUACGCAGCAGUACUUUUCCUACUCCCCAGUCAUCUAAUGGACCUGCCUUUUGCUCUCAUUUUUAUCCCAUGGGAUAUUUACGAUAUCUUUAUUGCAAAAAAAGCAACCAAGGAAUUGUGCUAGACGUACCGACCUCCGUUAUAGAGUCUGUUAACAACAGCGAAUCAGACUGGGGCUUUGGACAAAUAUUUCCAAUGGUCUUAACAAUUCUUUUUCUUCUGAAUUGUGCUGAUGCAUACUUGGCAGGGUAAAGAAUGCACCGUACGGCCGCUGUCAAUAGCCUGGAGCUUUCCAUAACUGGGACGGUAUACAACUUCAUAGGUGAAUGUUGCCUAUUGUCAGGGUCCGGGGAUGAAGGUGUGCAGUAUUGGAAAGAGUGGUUGUUCAAAUAUGCACUCCAGGAGUCCCCAAUCUACCACGCCAAGAAGCAUGCCUGGAAGCACAUUCAUGUUGCAGAAACAAUUGAUUUUGGCCUUGGGAGCUAGAAUGCCAUAUGGUUUUCACGUAGAAGUAAACAUCUCUGGCUUAGCAAGAUACAUAAGUCAUGUGGCUGGAAGCUUGCUUAGGCGCCC